GCUGCCGCCGGCGCGACGCUGUGGUUUGUGUCCUCCAGCCCUCUCCGGGUUUACACCCUCCUGGCGCUCCUGCUGGCCCUGCUGGUUCUCGCGGUAGCCGCCAGAGACCUCGUCAGGUCCAGAUGUGCAGGAGCCCGGCGGCAAACAACAGACAGGUAGGAGCCGAAAGGCAGUUGGCUUUUUGUUUGUUGGCCGGGUGUCAUGACGACCCGAUGGGACGGUGUGAAGGAAUCAUGCCAGGACGGAAAAAACACAUCAGUGUCGGUCCAGAACUAGUGAGCUGCUGACACACAGAACUCAUGACUCUCCAUGACUCCCGGUGGACACUGUGCAGGCCCGGGUCUGAACUAUAGCAUCCCAGCAGGACCUCCUGGACCAGGGCUCAGAAGUGGGGUGUCGCUUGGUGAGUUUGAUAAACUAGCAACGUUCCAUCUGUGAGAGAUCUGGAUUUGAUCCCUGAGAACGAUGUCUUCUCUACACCUCCUAUUCAUCCUGCCAUCCUCCUGAUUGUGUCCGACAUGUGUGUCGCCAUCACCUGCUGUUGUCCGUCUCAGGCUGGGGAGGGGGUGUGUUGUCGAGGUGUGAGACCACCUGCUGACCCGCAACGUGACAGCUGCUCCAAAGAGCCGACGCUCACGAGCCCUGAUGAGACCUGUGUGGUUCUGAUCCAGAUCAUUGUCUGGAUUAAAGUCUUACGUGUGUCCAUACAGAUGUGUAUGUGUGUGUUGAGUAGCUGUGAUACAAACAUGUUUGUGUGCCAUCGACUUCAGAGAGAAACUUUCUCGUUUGUCCCCACAACAUCUCAGGAGUUGUGUAACCCGAGAAAGUGUGUGUACCCCAGUGUGUGUGUGUGUGCGUGUGCAUGUGACUCAAAUGUUUUUCCACCUUAGAGCGACAGGCCGUGCAGACUUGUGCCACAGUGGGCGUGUCCCCUAGGUUCAAUCUGAUUGGUCCACAGGAUGACAACGCGACACACGCGAACAAGCAGUGUGAGGUUUCUGGGGCCACGCUCGGAUCAAUGGUGUGGUUUCUGUUGUACACUUGCUCUGGGUGGAGGACCUGGGUCAGACCCAGGACACCCUGAAGAGGUUGGGAUCUGAGGGAGGCUUCUGAGAAAUGAAUGGAUGAAGCAGUUCAUAAUAAUUCUUCCAGUCAGCUGAUUUCUUCACUCCAGAAAGACGCAACUUAAGUUGUUGACGUGUUGAGACACAAAACUGACCCCCCCUCUUAACCCCCGCUGAACCCUCCCCUCUCCGUCCGAGUCCCUGACAGCCCGGCGUGUGCCGGUCCUGGACCCUCCUCCGUCACGUCGCUGUGUGAGCUGGUUAUUUUUAGAGCGUCUCUCUUAAAUACAGCGUGGCAGCUUCACGGAGGAUAAACACUGGUCCCGCCACACUCUGAGUCUGUCUCUGUUGCCGGCUGAGCCUUUGUUCUGACUGGAUCUUCUCUGGACCCUCGAGCCUCAGUGGAUGUCCCCUGGAAGUGUGAGCCUGCACUACGACAGCUGGGAGAUGAUGGACUCUGGUCAACUUGCCAGGUCUGGACCUGGACUUCAGCUCGGAGACUCGCUCCGACUCCUCCUGAAGGAGGCGUCGGCAUUUAAACAGCAAAACCCGGGCAAGUUCUGUCUCCUGAUCUGCAGCCUGUGCUCCUUCUUCGCCGUCGUUGGACGCUACAUUCCAGGCAUCGUUCUCUCCUAUUUACUUGUGCUCGGCGUCUUCCUCUGGCCCCUGGUUUCAUCUCACGAAGUAGGUCUGUGGGUGAGGCCGGCUCUGCUCAAACUGGACUUUGGAAUUGGAGCCUUGUACCUGAGAGUGAAAGAAAAUCGAGAGAAGCGUCUUGCACAGACUCGGAUUGACACAGAGGGAAUCGAGUCAGAUCUCUCUUCCAUGUUCCCGAAGCUCGACUCGGCUGUUCGUAGAGAGAUGUCGGUGUCAGACACCGAAGUGUCGGAUGUGACGUGGACUGACAACGGAACCUUUAACUUGUCGGAGGGUCACACGCCUCAAUCAGAGAACUCUGAAGAUCUGGACCGCGAGGAAGCCUUCACCGGUGGCCUGGCUGAGUUCCCAUCCCUGGACAAUGGCGCGUCCACCAACGGCGAUGACGAUGAAUUCAGUCUGGGUCUCCCGCAGGUCAGAACCAAGGAGACUCAACUUUCUGUGACUGAUGGACAAUCUGCUGGAACCACUCUGGAACUGGUCAACCAGCUGGCUGGGGACGUCAUCACGGCCGCGGUCACAGCCGCUAUGCAGGACCACAUCGAGGCGGCCGGCCUGACCCUGGGGAGCUGGGACCGGGAGAACCAGCUGCUGGAACUGGUCGAGGACUCGGAUAGCGAGGUUGAGGACUUCGAGCUGCUGGAUCAGUCGGAGCUGGAGCAACUGGACGGGGACGUGGCUGCGGUUCCAGUGAAGGAGGAAGCUCCAAUGGAGAAGGGUACAGCGCCACCCACUGGGUUUUUCUCCAAAUUACUGAGGCGCAAGUGAGCAGAGGAGGUCUCUCUGUGGCACCCUGAACGUGUAAAUAGCUUUUUUAAUACUGUUUAGUUUUUAUUUUCUCUCUGUGCUAAUAAACAACGUAAACAACAUCUCACAGGUCUGGUUUUGAGGACCUGAAAUGAGACACAA